CCCUCCCGGGGCGGGGGCGGGCUUCCUCUGUGACUCCCGGUCUCAGGCUGGGCUUGUGCGCUGGGUCUCAGUACCAGGGCUUUCCUUUUCGCUGCCGCCAGUUGUAAUGCAGACGUGUUACACCAUGGACAGGUGAUGCAUUCAGCAGCAGCCUGCCCACUUGUUCAGUUCAGUCUCUCAGGCAUCCCCCCUUUCAGAGAUCCGCAAGGAUAAAGCCUCUCUCUUGUAGUUUCUAGCAACUGACAAAAGUCUCAAACAUUUUUUUAAAGUAUUGAGCAGUUUCUUACUUCCUCGAUCUUAACGACAAGAAAUACAAGGAAGAGAAAUGCCAACGACAACUCUAUUGCCUUUUACUAAUCCUAGUAUUAGUCGGAAGUCAGGGACGAACAAUUCGGUUUUAAUCAACCGGCCCGCCUUUCGACUGACUGAGAAAUUCCUGCUGCUCUUAGUUUUCAGUGGUUUUAUCACUCUGUGCUUCGGUGCGAUUUUCUUUCUACCGGACUCAUCCAAGCUGCUGAGCGGGGUGUUUUUCCACUCGCAGCAGACUUCGAUGGCAGGCAGCGGACCGAAGCUGGACGGCGGCAGGGAGUUGGAGAGCGAUAAGUUGAGCAAGAUCCGCGAGGACCACGAGAAAGCUCUGCGCGAGGCGAAGGACACCCUGCAGAAACUGCCGGAGCAGAUAAAGCAGGACAUCAGAGAGGAGAAGCAGAAAAUUGUGCAGGAUUCGGCCAGCAGGAAAGAAGGGGCUCCGCGCUUGUCGAAUUUCGUCUUCCGCAAACCUGUGGGCGCAACAGGGCGUGAACCGAGCGACCCUAAAACGCGAGAGAGGCAAGCCAAGAUCAAAGAGAUGAUGAAACAUGCUUGGGAAAAUUAUAAACGUCACGCAUGGGGAUCAAAUGAAUUGAAACCCUUAUCUAAACAACAACAUUCUAGUAGUCUCUUUGGUAAUAUUCAAGGAGCAACAAUAGUGGAUGCCCUGGAUACACUUUUUAUUAUGGGAAUGCAUGACGAGUUCAAAGAAGCAAAGGAAUGGGUUGUGAAGCAUCUUGACUUCAAUGUGAAUGCAGAAGUUUCAGUUUUUGAAGUGAAUAUCCGUUUUGUUGGAGGGCUCCUUUCUGCUUACUACCUGACUGGUGAAGAGAUAUUCAGAACUAAAGCAGUGGAUCUAGGUGAGAAACUUCUACCUGCUUUUAACACACCUACUGGAAUUCCUUGGGCUCUAUUGAAUAUUAAAAGCGGAAUUGGUCGGAACUGGCCUUGGGCAUCAGGAGGUAGCAGUAUCUUGGCUGAAUUUGGCACCUUGCAUCUCGAAUUCAUGCAUUUAAGCCAACUGUCUGGAAAUCCAGUUUUUGCAGAAAAGAUGAUGAAUAUUCGAAAAGUUUUGAAACGUCUGGAUAAACCACAAGGGCUGUAUCCAAAUUACUUGAAUCCCAACAGCGGUCAAUGGGGUCAACAUCACGUAUCUGUUGGAGGGCUUGGAGACAGCUUUUAUGAAUAUUUGCUCAAGGCAUGGUUGAUGUCAGACAAGACUGAUGAAGAAGCCCGGAAAAUGUAUUAUGAUGCGGUUCAGGCAAUUGAGACUCAUUUGAUUAGAAAAUCCAAUGGAGGAUUUAAAUAUAUAGCUGAAUGGAAAGGUGGCUUGCUUGAGCACAAGAUGGGACAUCUGACUUGUUUUGCUGGAGGGAUGUUUGCACUGGGAGCUGACAGCGCACCUGAUGAUAAAAGCGGCCAUCACAUGGAACUAGCUGCUGAGAUUGCACGUACAUGUCAUGAAUCCUACGACCGCACAGCCACAAAGUUAGGCCCCGAGGCCUUUAGGUUUGAUGGAGGCGUUGAAGCUAUUGCAACAAGACAAAAUGAAAAAUAUUACAUUCUGCGCCCUGAAGUGAUUGAAACACACAUGUACAUGUGGAGACUAACCCAUGACCCUAAAUACAGGGAGUGGGGUUGGGAAGCUGUUCAGGCUCUUGAGAAGAAUUGCAGAGUAGCUGCUGGAUAUUCUGGAAUUAGAGAUGUUUAUUCCAGCCAACCAAGUCAUGAUGAUGUGCAACAGAGUUUCUUUCUGGCAGAAACCUUAAAGUAUCUUUAUUUGAUGUUCUCCGAUGAUGACGUCCUUUCACUGGACCACUGGGUAUUCAACUCUGAAGCUCAUCCAUUACCAAUUAUACGUAAAAGUGACCAAAAGCAGUAAAUUAGUGCAAAUAUUUCGACCAUUGAAACAUUCAUUAUUUUAAUCCAAAUGUGCGUGCUGUAAAACAAAGCAAAAUAAAUUGUAAUAUGCAACAUGCAUGCUGCCAUAUAAUGAAUACAAGACUGCAGGAGACUGCAACAACUCUAACCUCCUCUGUGAGGAGAUGUCUGCUUUGAGCUGCAAUUUUUGCCAUGUUGCAAAAAAGCCAUAAUUAAUUUAAUAUCCAGAGAUUUAUUCAUAAAGAGACAUUUUUUUUUGCUUCAAUUUGUUCUUAAGUCACGCAUUUAUAAAACUUAAAACCAGGAGACUUUCUUUGUGGAAUCAUUUCUAUUUCUGUUUAAUUGACUUUUACAAAUUGAGAUCUGAAUAUAAAUGCUAUAUUUUAUUUUUUCCCUAUUUUGUAGAGUGCAGAUAAAAAUCAGUGUGCUGGAUAAAUCAUGGAUGUUUUUAUUUCUGGGAAUUAGUUUGAGAUCUGAAGAGAGGGAAGUCAAAAAUCUUGUAGGAGGUGAUAUAGUGAAUAGCAGAAGUUUUAAAUUCAUGGUGUGGAGUGGACCCAAAGGACAAAUAUUGCACUUGACAGAUCUUCUAAAAUAUGGCAGAUGUUCAAUCUGUGAAUUGAUUUCAGCUCGUCUGUAUUUUAUGAUUUUUACAUAAUAUCUAUUUGUGUAUUUCUGCAAACUUAAAAAUUCCCUUUAUAUGAGCCUCUAAUGUUGUAAAUUGUUUGACUGUCUAUUUCAAAAAUAAAAAUAUUUUUAUGUAUGUUUUCUAAAGCAACAAUUAUAAAAUGUAUGGUGAUAGAUACAUUAUCUAAAGAAUUGGUAUUUUAAUUAAUGUACAAUUGUGGGCAGGGUGUUUAAAAUGUUUACUUUCUUCUCGCAUUUAAAUGUUCAGGUAAAUGGUCACCAAUGAAAAUGUAGUUGGUAGACAGGGAUUCAAGAACUUUACUCAUCUUGAGCCUAUCCAAAACUCAGUUAACAUUCUCUGGUGGUUACUGUUGCCACUGUGUGGGUGCGCGCGCGUGCUUGGAUGCAUGCGUGUGCGGUUUGGAAAUAUUUGGUAUCAUUUUAUACAUAUUCUGUGAUCAUAAUCUUCUUGACAGUUUGUACAUUCCUUCCUGAACACCUUCGAUAAAAAAUAAAUGAGAA